UCGGUAAGAAUGUGAUGCUUUGGUUCAUGUCCAGGGCGAUGCGGGCCCCGGUUUAAACCGUUGCCUUGUCUCCAGCACCAACAUGGCGGACCAAGGUGAGAAGAAAGAGAACCCUAUGCGUGAGCUCCGUAUCAGAAAGCUCUGUAUGAAUAUAUGUGUUGGCGAAAGUGGUGAUCGACUUACUCGAGCUGCCAAAGUGCUUGAGCAGCUCACUGGUCAAACACCUGUCUUCUCCAAAGCCCGCUACACUGUGAGAUCUUUUGGUAUCAGGAGAAAUGAAAAGAUUGCUGUUCACUGCACAGUCCGUGGUGCCAAAGCUGAGGAGAUCCUGGAAAAAGGCCUAAAAGUUCGUGAAUAUGAGCUGAGGAAAAACAACUUCUCAGACACUGGAAAUUUUGGUUUUGGUAUUCAGGAGCACAUUGAUUUGGGCAUUAAGUAUGACCCAAGCAUUGGUAUCUAUGGUUUAGACUUCUAUGUGGUUCUGGGAAGACCAGGCUUCAGCAUUGCUGACAAAAAGCGUAAACGUGGUCGCAUUGGAGCCAAACACAGGAUCAACAAGGAGGAGGCUAUGCGCUGGUUCCAACAGAAGUAUGAUGGUAUCAUUCUCCCAGGAAAAUAAAAAUGUUUUGUAAUUGUCAUUAAUACAAGAAUCUGAUCCUUAUUCAGUUUUAGUUUAGUGAUAGUUACUUCAUCAUUGUAACUUGAAUUAGGCAGAAAGAUAACUGUCAGUUGUACUGCUGGUUUACCUGUUUUCUGACUCUAUUAUAAUUUGACAAAGUUCAUGUCUGGUGAUGAAUUUACAAUUGUUUAGUGAAUGUAGCCUUCUCUUGAAGCUGCUAUUCGAUAUGUGCUCUAGCUAUCUGUGAACUCAAAAACCACAAUUCCAUGAAUGCAAUAAGAGCUAUUUGGUGUGAAUCAUCCUGUUGUUGAUCCAAAUUUUCUCAACAGCCCUAAAAUUUAACAAUUUCUUUUUUAAAAAUCAUUUCAGUUUUCCCUUGUGUUGAGAAUCCCAAAGUUAUGGUUCAAUAAUGUCAAUCAAAUGCUAAUGCUUCUGAUGUAAGCCUGAACAAUAAAUUAAAUCUUCCACCUGUGCAUCCUCAACAAAGUUUCACCCAUUAUAAGCGGGGAAUCUUGGGUUUUGUAAAUGUGAUUUCCUGUCUAUGCUAUUGCUGGUGGAAAGCUGAACUCACCAUGAACUCACUACCAGGAAACAUCUAUUAUCAAUGAACAGUUCUGCAGAGAAGAGCAUUGUACUCAAGUCCAAUGUUAGAUCUUGUGACUCCAGAUGAUAUGUUGAUUGGGACUGGAUGGUCUUUCCCUAUGUUUAAUUGUAAUGUCCCACUGAUAGCUGUCUUAACUGAAGGUGUUCAGCAUACAAGGAACUGAACAAGGUAAUGAGGAAGGAGAAAAAUACUACUGUGGGGAGAAAGAAAGCUGAUGGAUACCAAUGGUGCAGAUUGCCUUCCAGGUAUUCUAUAUUCUUGAUGUUAAGCUGAUUUUUGUUUUCCAUCCCCUCCUUUACUGAGUUACUCAGUUCUACAAGACCAAAUGGCUCUACUGAGAACUGGCCCUACUUUGCCAGAUAUUCAACUUUCCACUUCUGGGUCUUGUGUCUGUAAUUUCUUUGCUUUACUCAUGAUGUCUACUGUUGUCACAUUGCUGUCUUUCAUUUGAGCACUUUAUAGAUCAUUCCUAUUUUUCUGAUCCUUUGUUAUAUUUCCCCAUUGUAUUUUUUUAAAAAAUCAGUAUUUUCUUCCAAAGAAAGUCUUCUGGCAAAAAAUCCUCAUUGUGCUGUUGACAAAUAUUCCCUGAUCUACUAAAGGCUUCUAGCAUUUUCUUUUGUUAUUUUUAUGUAACCAUUGUGAUUCAUUUUUACAUCGAUAAAUUCAGAGAAUGAGAAAGAGUGCUUUCAAUUCAAUGUGUUGGUGGAAUAACUAUUUUCAGAAUAUAGUGUAAAACAUUAUGACUAUAAGGUAGUGACAACACAAUAAAUACACCAUAUUUACUAUUUAUAUAUUUUUAUUCACACAUAAAUAGUAAUUCAAACAUUUUCAUGACAGUGAAUAUGCAAGGAAUUUGACACAUUUCUGUAUUGGAUGAAUGCAAUUUUCUUUGAAAAGCAGUUUUUGCUACUUCUUCUAGCAUUCAAACAUUUCUAUUAACUUCAGCCAUCAGCGUGCCUGUGUUACAAAGAACAAUAUUAACUUGCCCUCUCUUUUCCCCAUCCCUUGCCCACCCCUAAACUCACUUCCACCAUCACUCUCCCCUUCCCUCUUUCUUGGGGUAUGUGAAGUUUAAAUAAAUGCAAACUUGAUCUGAAUACAUUGUAUAAUUUCAUUCAACCUUGAGAGAAAGAUUCUCAGCACUAUUCUGCUACAUAGGAAUCUUGAUUCAUAUGUAACCUAGUCAUCAUAAAUUUAAGAAAUCAGUUCUCAGAGCUCAGCUACAUUGACUUGUGUUUAUUAGCCCAUAUUAGUUGUCUUUCACUUCUGGAUCCAAUGUGUAUCUUGUCUCCUGUGAGCUAUAGUAGCAAUGAUUAAUUGCAAAUUAGUCAUUAUGUUUAUCAGCAGUCUCAAUCCCUGCUGCUGAGAGUGAUCAUUCCUCCUGUAUUCCAAAUAUAAAGUUUACAGCAGAAUUUAUUUUUUCUUGAAAAGAAAUCCUUCAAUUCCCUUGUGAGCCAUGUUGAAUGAACUGCUUUUGUGGUUUAUUUUUAAUGCUUGUUUGCAUGAUCUCAUCUAGACUAUUUCCUGAUAGUUCAAAUACUCAAUUGUACUUUGUGUUGAACUGCGUUUGCAACUGAAUGUUAUAAGUUGUCGAUUUAAAGAGGAAUGCUCUCCAACAUU